CGGCCCUCCCCGCCUGGCCGCUCUGAGGCUGUCCCGGUGGAGGAGCGUGGCAGCGGCCGGAGCGGGUGCUGAAGGAGGGGGAAAGGCGGCCCGAAGCGUGGCGGGUCGGUGGCGACGAGGCCGCGGGAGGUGCCCGGGGAAAGCGGGUGGCGGCCGAGAGCACAAAAUGCCUGAAGUUAAGCAGAGGAAGAAAGAUAUUUCUUCAUCCAAGACCAAUGAGGGUUCACAAAAGGUUGAGAAGCACAGUAAUUGCGGGAAGCUGGCAAGUUCCAGGACCAGCAAUAAUCAGAGUUCUGUUUGGAUGGACUCACGGACAACCUUAAGCAUAUUUUUCUUUGCUGUUUGCUUGGUGCUGACCUGGUUCUUAUUUCAGCAGUCAAAACAAUUUGCUAAUAUGGAAGAAAAGUACAAUUUCUUAAAGCAAGAAGCUGAAAAAUUCCUGGAUGUGGAAAAUAAAGUUAACUUAAUUUCUGAAAAGCUUGAGUCUUCUGAAAGCAUCCUACAAGAAGCUGCUUCGUCUCUCUCUCUGAUGACUGAGUUUGAGCAGGAAAUACCUUCUCUUCAUAACACCAUAAAUGAUAUUCAGAACAAUGAACAGAUUCUCUCUAUAAAGAUGCAGAGCAUUAAUGAGAAGUUCCAAAAUGUUACAAAUUCCUGGAGAAGAAGCUUGGAUGAAAUGAACACAAACACUAGUAGUUUAAAAUCUGAAGUGAAGUUCAUACAUACAGAAGUUACUUCCCAAAUUAAUGAAGUUGACCAAAGAAUCAAGUCCCUUUCAGAAAAAGUAAAAGAUUUGGAAGACAGUACAGCCAGAAAUGUUAAAACACUUAAAAGGCAAGAAGAUGAUGAAUUCUCUAGAAUUGAACAGAAGUUGGACUUGCAUGCAAAGGCAGUUGAAAAACUAGAAGAACAACAGAAUAGUCUGGUAGCCAAGGACACAGACCUGAAUCAGAAACUUGCAAACUAUGAACCUAAAAUUGAGGAGUGCAAGACCCAUUUGCCAACAAUAGAAAAUGCUGUUCACUCUAUUCUUAGAUUAUCAAGUGAGUUGCUAAGCAUGGAGAAAAAGAUAGAGGACUUGACGACACAGCUACAUACUGUGGAAAAUGUUAUGUUGAAAACCGUUUCUGAUACGAUGGCAAUGCAAAAGGUUCUGGAAAACAUACAGUACAAUGACAGCGUAUUGAAAGUCCAAAAUAAAACAGUGGCUUUAGAGGAAGUAGUGCAUGACAUAAAAGUAUCUUCAAAAGCAAAAGAAAUAACUUUAGAAAGUUAUAACUUAGAAAAUGACCAGAAUGGGGAUAAGUGAAUUUGGAUUUAGGGUUUUCAUUGAUAAAAGAGCACUUUAUUAUAAUAAUGUGACUCUUAACAUAUGUUAAAGGGAGCUGAAGUAUUGUCAUCAAUUUAAAUUGGCAUUGGAUCAGACUGAAAGGCAAACUUACAGAGAGCAAGAAAUACUGUGUUGGAGGAGGCAAGGAGUAUUUUUUUAAAUAAAUUAAGGAUUAUUUUCAGUUUAUUUAUUAAAAGAUCAUUUUUUAUUAAAGUGGAUUUUGAAGCAAAGUAUUUAGAUUUAAGAAAAGAAGUCAAAAAUGGAGCUAUCAGAUUAAAAUUUAUAUUUAGUUCUCACUACUAUUUUUUCUAUUUUUACUUUUUAUAUUAUAUUCCAUGGACUUGUAAUACAGUGAACAAUUAAGUUAUCUCUAGGAAGAUAUACAUGUACCUUGUUUUUAAUGUGUUAUAUACCAUAAUGUUUUUGUGCUCACAGUACAGACUUCUCAAUUGCAGAGUCGUUACUUGAGAUCUAGGUAUUUUAUUACAUGUGGGAAAGCACUAAGUAGAUUUUUAACAGCUGAAGCCUAGAUAUAACAGCAUUACAGAAAACAUGAGUAAAGUAGCCCUUACUGGGAACAUUGUCUGAUACAGACAGGGGCUGGUGUUAUCUUUUAUUCCUUUGACCCUAUUUCCAGCCUUUUCAAACUUCUUAACAUCACUGGCAUAGUUUUGUUCUGUCACUGAAGUCUUUGGACUGCAUAUAGACUCAAGUUCUUAUUAACAGAUAUUCCUGUUAGGUUCUUCUUCCAUCAUUUAAUUUGCAAGUUUGGUGUGAUCAGUCACUAUUAGUUUGGUCAGGGGGGCAUUGUUUGUUUGUUUGUUUGUUUUGGUGCUAUUAGAAAUACGUUUUAAAUUUUUCUUCUGUAGAAUGUUCUCUAUUAGACACCACAUGACAUGUCUGGUAUUGCUUUGCAUUCCAAAGGGAAAAAAAAAAAUCUUAGCAGUGUUACUGACAUUGUUUCCCAAAGUUUGGUGAACCAAGAGCUCCAAAAGCAAUUAACAAAAGGCAUGUUUUGGGGGCAGGGAAUAUCUGAUUUAUCUAUAGGUGUAAUAGAUCUAUUUACACCAGAUGUGGCACUACCUCAUAGGCCUGAGAGCUGUUCAUUGGAAUCUGCAUCUCAGGACCACCAUGAAUUUGUGUCUACAGACUUAUGUCUUGGUAAUUGCUGGUUCCUGAUUUCUGAACUCAGGAAAGGAGACACCUCAGAGAACAGUACAAAUCCACAACAUUUAUGACUUAAUCAGACUUAAGUUAAGUAAGUCUGGAUUUGUACAUUCAUUUAUCUAGAACUCUACUGAACUCUUCAGUAAACAGUGCUGCCCAUUCAAAAGCCUAUUAAACCAGCAUUUCUCACUGCUGGGAAGUCUGUCAGUUUCAUAUACUAUGUAUCUGUUUACAGUCAGGUCAAUAAAAAUGUAUUGCAGUGGAU